ACACACACACACACACAUUCUGACACCCGACCUUCGACCUCCGACCCCUGCGGCCCCUCCGACCCCCGACAUGGUGUCCCCGGUCACCGUGGUGAAGAGCGAGGGGCCCAAGCUGGUCCCCUUCUUCAAGGCCACGUGCGUCUACUUUGUGCUGUGGCUGCCGUCGGCCAGCCCGUCCUGGUUCAGCGCCCUCAUCAAGUGCCUCCCCAUCUUCAGCCUGUGGCUCUUCCUGCUGGCCCACGGCUUGGGCUUCCUGCUGGCCCACCCCAGCGCCAGCCGCAUCUUCGCCGGCCUCGUCUUCUCCGCCGUGGGCGACGCCUUCCUCAUCUGGCAGGACCAGGGCUACUUUGUGCACGGCCUGCUGAUGUUUGUGGUGACCCACGUCCUUUACACCUGGGCCUUCGGCAUGCGUCCCCUGGCCCUGCGGCUGGGGCUGGGGAUGGCCGCCCUCUCCUGCCUGUGCUACGCGAUCCUCUACCCGUACCUGAGCGGCCCCUUCACCUACCUGGUUGGGGGGUACGUGGCGCUGAUCGCCUUCAUGGGCUGGCGGGCCUUGGCGGGCGUGCGGCCGGGCGGGACCCCGUGGCGCUGGACGGAGCUAGCCGCCGGCGCCGGGGCCAUGCUCUUCAUCGUCUCAGACAUGACCCUCGCCCUCAACAAGUUCUGCUUCCCCGUGCCCUACUCCCGGGUGGUCAUCAUGGCCACCUACUACGCCGCCCAGAUGCUCAUCGCCCUGUCUGCGGUGGAGAGCCGGGACCAGGACGGCGGCAAGAGAGACUGAGGCGGGGGGACCCGGCGGGGCCGUUCCCCCGCGCCCCGAGGACCUAGCGGGGACUGGGCUCGGGGAGCUCCGGACGGGUGGAGCGGUCUGGGACCCCCCGGCCCCCGUCCGGGACCGCCGGAAGCCGCUUCCCCGGGAUGCCCCUCUCUCCUCCAGUUGAACCCUGGCCCCGAUGGCCGGUCCGGGAUCCGGAGCGGGAGCAGGCCUCUCCUACUGUCCCCACUCCCGGGACUUGGAAGGGUCUCGAUUUAGAAGGGAAGGGCCCUGAAGGGGAUCAUCCCGGGAGGCCCUGAAGUUGGGGGGAAGGCGCUCAUCCUGUCCCUCCCUCUGCCUCCGGACCAGAUCCCCCUGCCCCUAGGCCAGGGGAGGGAGAUCUGCGGGGGACGUGUGCCCAGAGAUUCCCCGAUCGCUCCUGGGGAAGAAGGACGAGGCUGGCUGGGCCGGCCCGCGUGUGGACCGGACGCCUGGGGUCCCUGCCCCCUCCGGCCUCCCCCCCUCAUCCGUGUUACUUGAACAGAGCUUGGAGCGGGGAGGGGCUCCCCCUGACCAAGGAAUGCCGACGCCGGCAGCGAUCAAGCUGGUAGCCCCUCGCCAGUCCAUCCUGCUCUCCCAGAGGCUUCCCAGCCGUCUCCGUCCCCAUCUCCUGAACCUGGGAAGAACCGGGUUCCCAUUCCCGGGAGUGGAGAAUUCAGGGGGUCUGUCCGCCGUAGCCCCGUCUCCGAGGGGGACGAGGGAAGGCCCGGCCUCCGGACCGUCAAACCGAGGAAUCGCCCCUGCUGGGACCUGAGCCUUCCAAGUGGGGGCUUGGAGGCCCACUGAGGGGAGGAGGGAGGGAAGAACCUAGCCUUCCGGAGCCACCCCACCCUGCUCCCAUCCCUGCUUUCCUUCCUGCCCCCCCUCAGUGGGUCCACGGCGCCCAGAGCCGGGGGCGGAGGACGCCAAGGCACAUACAAUGCAAACGGACGGCGGCAGGAAACCCUGCCGCGCUCAUGUAUGAACAAUAAAUAAUAAACCAGGGCCCGCGGCCCCCCCGCCUCUUGUCCCGUGGCUGGGCUGGGGUGGGGGCCGGCGGGGCCCGCCUUGGAGACGGAUUUCCGGGGAAAGGUUGGGGCCUUCGCUGAACCAGGCCCGUAGCCACUGCGAGCGAAAGACUGUGUUGGGUAGGGACUGUCUCUAUAUGUUGCCAAUUUGU